GCGUAGACAAAAAAAAUUUUCCUAAUAGUUGGUCGACUGUCAAACCAGCAAAGUAAGAAAAAUUACAAUUUUUGGCAUCAAUUUUAAAGAAAAUAAAUUAUUAAGUUACACUCUAUUAUUAAAAGUUUAUUAGACAGAAAGUUCGCAGUAUAUGAUAUAAAAGUGAACCACAUAUACAUAUGCAAAAUUAAUCUGCCGACUAUAUAUUUAUGGUUUUGUACUAGCGUCAGGAGAGAAGGGUGCAAAAGCGCCAGCGCUAAAACCGCAUUCAAUAUAAUACUAAAAAAUAUUCAGUAGAAAAUAACAAUAUUUUUGUUUUGUUAUAAAAUCGGCAAUUAAAUGAAGAAUGGCUACUACACAGCAGUACUCACUACGUUGGAACAAUUAUUUUCGACAUUUGACAUAUGCUUUGGACAAUCACCGCAACAACGAUGAUUUUGUUGACGUGAGUUUAUGCUGUGAUGGACGUAAAAUCAAAGCACAUAAAGUAGUGCUAUCCUCCUGCAGCUCUUAUUUCAAAGAAAUAUUCAGGGACAACCCGCAUCCGCACCCAGUAAUAAUUUUUAAAUUUAUUAAAUUCGAAGAUCUCACGUCAAUAAUUGAGUUUAUGUAUCAGGGGGAAGUGAAUGUACAGCAGGAAGCAUUGCAAUCAUUUCUUCAAACCGCCGAAUUACUUGCUGUGCAAGGUCUUACCGCAGAGGAGAAGGAGAAACCAAAAUUGCCUCCGACACCGAUUAUUGAUGAACAAAAACUUAUUAAAACUAUCCCCAGUACUAUUAGAGCCGUGAAUGACGUAACGACUGCAACACAGACUACACCGCAGACAAUCGAAAUACCAACGGCAACUAUUUUGCAGCAAACGCAGCCACAGCAACAGCAACAUACCGCCACACAGCAUCAUCAUGUACAAACACAAAUCCAGCAUAUUCAAGUGCAACAUCCACCGCAACCCCACGUGCAAACCGUGCAAACUCAGGUGCAGCAACAGCAAACAACAACACAUCAGCUGCAACAUCAUCAGCAGCAACAAUUGCAACAAACUCAUUUAGGUGCGCUGCCUUCAACGAAUACGAUAAAGAAACGUAAAAUGACUUUCUCAGAUGAUGAUGAUAACAUAUACACCACAGAAGGCGUUGAUUACGGUGUCAAGGAUGAUUCUUCGAUAGUCAAAACUGCGGAAAUGACAUUCCUACGAGGUACUGUAAAAAUGGAUAUACCCGAAUACAUAGUUGGCGAAGUUGAUGACAGUGAACAGUUGACUGACGGAAGUGCGCAGCAUACAUCACAAGACGGUGGCACGACGGGCACCCAAAAUGUCACACAGUACACAUCUGAAUAUGAAAUUCUGACAGAAUCAGAAAUUGAGGAAAAAUUUCAUCAAGCUGAUGCAGAAAACGCAGAAAUAACAAUCGAAAUGGGACGUCUUUUAAAUCCAACAACGAGUACACCAUCAACAACAACACCUCAUACAACGUUAGAUGAAUCAGGUGGCAGUGUCACUAAUGCUGUAGUAAAAAUUGAUAAUAAAGGUGGCGCAUCGGCAGAUUUGCCAAAUAAUAAGUGGACAGAAUGUCAAUUUUGCAAAAUGGUCAUAACCACGGUUAAUCUUUGGAGACAUAUUCGUACGCAACAUACGCCUCAACCGCCCCGUAAAUGCGAGCUAUGCAACAAAAAUUUCAAAAACAAAUACAGUCUACGCGAGCACAUACGAAUUUCGCACGAACAAAAAAUCACAGUGAAGUCAGAAAAUUGAUUGACAAUAUUUCAUUUGCGUCGUUAAAUAUUUAUUUAAUAAAUGAGUAACUUAGAAAAUAACGUAAAUAAAAGUAGAGCUCAGCAGCAAAUUCCAAGCUCGUUAUGAAAA